UGCGCAUAUAGUGCACAGUCUGCUCGAUUAAUUUAUGGUGCUUCAAGAUAGUAAAGGGGACAAUCCAUUACUAUUUGCUAUUGCCUGGAGUCACAAGGGGGUCCUCCACAUCCCGCGUGGACUAGAUGCAAGGCCUUUCUUCUGCAUUGUUAUAGUCCACCAAUGUUUUCUUUUUCUGUUCCUUCUUCCCUUUCGUCUUCUCGCAUAUUCCUCCAUGCGGAUUAACGAUUGCUCUUCCAUCCAGCCGAAGCAAUCAUGGAAAAGUCCUCCAUCGAACCGCUCACGAUCGAGUCCGCAAGUUCACGCGUCGACGCUCCGGAACGCGCCUCCCAUGUGGACAGGACGCUGGAAAAGAAGCUUCUCUGGAAGCUAGACUUCAGGAUCAUCCCGGCCCUCUGGUUUCUCUUCCUCGUAUCCUUUUUUGACCGGUCGAACAUCGGGAAUGCAAAGAUCGCGGGAAUGCCAAAGUCCCUCCACAUGAAGGGGAACGAUUACAAUGUCGCCGUCACCGUCUUCACCGUGUCCUAUAUCGUGUUUGGGGUGCCGGCCAAUUUGGUCGUCAAGAAGCUGGGUCCUAAGAUGUUGGCCGUGUACAUGUUCGCUUGGGGUCUUUGUACCCUGGGACAGGGCCUUACGCGGACCACUUCCGGCCUGAUUGCCUGUCGUUUUCUCAUGGGUGUCUUCGAGGCUGGGUUUGUCCCUGGAUGCGCGUACUUGAUCGGGAGUUACUACAAGAGAAACGAAUUCCUUCGACGAUACGCCAUUUUCUUCAGUGCUAAUAUGGCUGCGGGUGCAUUUAAUGGCCUGUUUUCCAGCGUGGUGACCAAGAUACACGGUGUUGGAGGCUAUGAAGGCUGGCGCUGGCUCUUCAUCAUCGAGUCGUUGAUCACCAUCGUCGUCAGCUCCGUGUGCUACUGGAUCAUCGUCCCCUUCCCGGAGAAGGCCCAGUUCCUCACUCCGGAUGAGAAGACGUUGCUCUUGGCUCGUCUGGAACAGGACGGAGGCAAUGUGCGCCAUGACAGGAUCUCCUGGCGGCGUGUCUUGGGCAUGGCAGCCGACUGGAAGAUUUGGAUCUGCGUCCUGGUGUAUAUGAGUGCAGAGGAAACCGCCAGCUCCGUCGUGGCCUUCCAACCGUCCAUCCUAAAGGAUCUCGGCUGGACAAGCAGAUCAGCCCAGGUGCACACGAUCCCAAUCUACGCAACGGCGUUCGUGCUGACGCUGAGCUGUGCCUGGCUAAGUGAUCGCCUCCGGCAGCGUUACAUCUUCACCUUGUUCGGCUCGAUGCUGAUCAUUAUCGGCUGGAGCGUGGAAUUAGCCUACGUCCCUGCAGCCGGAGUCCGGUACAUGGGCAUGUUCUUCGUGACCGCCGGGGCAUUCAUCAUCAUGUCUACGACCGUGGUCUGGUUGUGUGUCAAUGUCGGCAAGGGGGUUAAACGGAGUGUCGCCAUGGGCUUGCUGACCGGCUUCGGCAACUGCGGUGCGCUUGUUUCGAGCAAUGUGUUCAUCUCCAACCAAGCCCCGCGGUAUCCCGUGGGCUUCGGCGUGGGACUGGCCUUUGGGGUUCUUUCGGGAUUCGCAGCCACAGCGUACUAUCUCUACGUGCGUGUGGAGAACCGUCGACGCGAUCGUAUGCAAAGCGUCGCUGCUGGAAGCUAUACCCGGGAGGAAAUGGAGCGUCUCCAGGAUCUGGGAGAGACACAUCCGAAUUUCCGCUUCCAGCUGUAAUAGUGCGGUAGUAGUUCUCGGGAAGUUAGUUCCGUUGCAUUAAUAUAAUAUGGGUCUUUUCGAGAACGCCAGGAUCAGCUGGAAAUACCCGCAGUCUAGCAAGGCUUAACCGGACAAGUCGAUGGCUGCUUCUUGGCGGUUUAGACUUCAG